AAACAAUAGAAAAACAAAACGAUUAAACUAUUCGUGCUGCAUGUUCGUUUUUCACUUUAUUUUGUACGAGUCAAAACAAUAUUUUUAUUUUCGUACCAAAUUCUUACAUAAAGAUGUACAUAUAUACAUAUAUUUAUUUAUUUAUUUAUGGAACCUAACGAAAUUUUCAUCGUUUAUUUGCAAAUCAUUAAAAGUGCAGUCGUAUUUUAUUAAAUCGAACUCAAAAUUAAACUAGAAACUGCUAAUUAAAAAGACUAAGACUAUACGUGCCAAAAUAUUUUGCGUGCAAGUUAAUAAAUAAUUUAGAAAAGAAAUAAUUAAGGUUGUGCAUCAUUACGAAUUAUUUUUUAUCAUAUCGCGAAACUUCAUUUAACCAAGUGAUACCAGUUAUGGGCAAUGCGGGCAGUACCAGUAUGAGCCGUGAACGACAUAAAUCAAGUGACCUUUCAACACCAAACUCUCCAUUUCGAGAAAUGUCUGGACGUGGUGAUUCGAUUUCAGCAACACCUGGGAUGAGUGUUGUCGGUGACAUCGGCGGUAGUGGUGUUCAAACCUUUACUUUCGAUAAAGACGUAGCAAAUGACAAGAACGCACGCUCAGUCUUGCUCGGUGGUUCCUCGCAAGAAGACGAAGAUCAGCCAUAUUACACGAAGCCCGUCGGUAGCAGAGCUACUAUAGAAGCAAACACCACACCCACCCCUCGUAAACGCGCUAAUACUGUUUCCGAAGGCAGUACUACCCUGCUUCAUAGUAAUUCCGGCAGCAUAAUGUCUAUAAAAGAUGCAACUACUGAUUCUAAUGACGACAAAGAUGAAAGCUCCAUAAUAGAGCUACCUAGAAAUUCGGGUUUGCCAACCGUAUUGCGUUGGGAUGGUGGAGGUAAAAAUGUGAUGAUUUCAGGCACCUUUUCAAAAUGGAAGCCAAUACCUAUGGCACGUAGCCAUGGUAAUUUCGUGGCUAUUAUUGACCUUCCAGAGGGCGAUCAUCAAUACAAAUUUUGUGUAGAUGGAGAAUGGAAGCAUGAUCCCAAAUUGAAAAGUAUCGAAAAUGAUGACGGCAUUAAGAAUAAUUUAGUUUCAGUACGUCAAUCUGAUUUCGAAGUGUUUCAGGCUCUUGCUAAAGAUAGUGAAAAUGCCCCAAACUACGCAGAAAAAGAGUAUUCGCAAGAAGUUCCGCAGCCUAAACCAUGGGAAAAAGUUUCUGGACCCCCCGUUUUGCCUCCGCAUCUGCUCCAAGUAAUACUCAACAAAGACACGCCGCUCUCGUGUGAGCCGACCUUGCUUCCAGAACCUAAUCAUGUUAUGCUUAAUCAUCUUUAUGCAUUAUCCAUAAAGGAUGGCGUUAUGGUAUUGAGCGCAACCCAUCGUUAUCGAAAAAAAUAUGUUACCACUUUACUUUAUAAGCCCAUUUAAAAUAUUAUUUACAUAGUGGUUACAUAAUCAAAUUAUGUCUGUAGGAGUAAGUAUUGGGACAAUAUUUGCCAAAGGAAAGGGGAAUUCAUAAAGGAUGAUCACAACAAAACGACCGAUUUUGUCAAAUUGGUGCUCUUGCUGAGUAUUUGUGUUUUUAAUUUGUUUUUGUUCUGGUCCUAUCAUCUUGUAUGAGUUUGUCUCAAUCAAAGGUAUGCAUACAUUGUUUAAACUAUUAUAGUAGCUCUGUCCUACUUUAUACAAUAUUUCGAUGGUUAAAUUCUAUCAUAAUAUUAUAUCUACAAU